AUGGCGCCCUCUCUCCUCCUCUUCCUUUUCUUCAUUCUCUUCCUCAUCUCCGCCACAGCGCAGCAGCAGCAGUUCUCGCCGGAGACCCUCGCGGAGAUCAGAGCGUUGGAGGACUUCCGGUCCUCUCUCCGCGAUCCCCUCGGAGGUCUCUCAGGAUGGGACGCCACCUCACCGUCCUCCCCCUGCUCCUGGCGCGGUGUCCUCUGCUCCAUCUCCGGCGAGCCCCGUGUCAUCGAACUCCGUCUCCCCCACCUCCAGCUCUCUGGUUCCCUCUCCGGCAGCCUCUCAGAUCUUUCUCAACUCCGCAAGCUCAGCCUUCGCGGCAACGCCUUCAAUGGCACCAUUCCCGUCUCCUUCUCCCGUCUCCACCAGCUCCGCUCCCUCUUCUUGCAGAACAACUAUCUCUCCGGUCCCCUUCCGCCUGGUUUCCCUUCCAACCUCACCGCUCUCCAGGUCCUCAACCUCGCCGGUAACCAACUUUCCGGCGAGAUGCCUUCCGGCAACCCUCCCUUGCUCCGCUACUUGGAUCUCUCCUCCAAUGGCUUCUCCGGCGAGAUACCCGGCGAUAUCUCUGCGGCGCGGAGGCUCCAGUUCGUCAACCUCUCCUUCAAUCACCUCCGGGGGAUGAUUCCCGCCGCCAUGGGGGAGCUCCAGGAGCUUCUGUACCUCUGGCUGGACUGGAACCAGCUCGAAGGGACUCUGCCCGCGGCUCUCGCCAACUGCAGUUCUCUGUUGCACCUUAGCCUACAGGGGAACGCCCUCCAGGGCAUCGUCCCCCCGGCGAUCGGCGAGAUCCCCACGCUCCAGGUGCUGUCGCUCUCUCACAACAACCUAUCCGGCUCAGUCCCCUCCUCCAUCUUCUUCACCGCGUCGAGCUUCUCGUCUUCUCCGACGCUCCGGAUAGUGCAGCUAGGGUUUAACGACUUCACUGACCUGGCCUCUCCGCCGGUUGACAUUGCCGGAGCUUUGCCAUCUUCCAGUAUCUUGCAGAUACUGGACCUCAAGAACAACAGGAUCGCCGGCCAGUUCCCUGCCUGGUUGAUGUACCUCCCGACGCUGGCCAUCUUGGACCUCUCCGGGAACCAGUUCCACGGGCCUCUGCCGGCGGCCGCUGGGAGGCUGUCGAACCUCCAAGAGCUGAGGCUGGGGGGAAACCUGCUCGACGGCGGCAUCCCCUCGGAGAUCGCUGGAUGCACUUCUCUGCAAGUUCUUGAUCUUGCCGACAACCUCCUGACAGGCCUGAUCCCUCCUGUUCUUGGUGACCUCGGUCGUCUAAAGGAUCUCUGGCUGGGUGGCAAUCUCUUCUCCGGCGGGAUUCCGGCGAGUUUGGCGAAGCUCUCCGGGCUGGAAACCCUCUCUCUGAGGGAGAACAACCUGUCGGGGAACAUUCCGUUAGAGGUGACUCAGAUGACUAGCGUCACCUUCUUGGAUAUCUCCGGGAAUGGACUCUCUGGCGAUAUCGCCGCCACCAUCGGGGACCUCCGAGCUCUACAGAGCCUGAAUCUCAGCAGCAAUAGCUUCCACGGUCCCAUCCCGAGCUCGAUAGGGAAGCUGUUCAGCUUGAGAUCCCUCGACUUCAGCGGGCAGAACUUCUCCGGCCAGAUUCCCAACGACCUGUUCGGAUUGCCGAACCUCCAGUUCGUCUUCCUCGGCGACAACUCCUUCUCCGGUGAGGUCCCCGAAGGUUUCAGCAGCCUGUCGAGGCUUCGUCAGCUGAACCUGUCGUUCAAUACCUUCUCUGGUUCGAUCCCGUCGACCUUUGGCUACCUCAGGUCUCUGACGAUCCUUGACCUGUCGCACAACAAGCUCUCCGGUGAGAUCCCCGGGCAGGUCUCUCAGCUGGUUAAUCUGACAGUGCUCGAUCUCAGCAAGAACGCCCUCUCCGGCAGAAUACCCUCUGCAAUCUCCGGGUGCUCUUCCUUGAUUGCUCUUCUUCUGGAUGGGAACCGGCUCUCCGGCGUCGUCCCGAAGGAGAUCUCCGCUCUGAGCUCGCUCCAGUCAUUGGACCUCUCUGCAAACAACCUGACGGGGGCGAUCCCGGGGGGAGUCGCUCUGAUACCCUCCCUGAGGUACCUGAACGUCUCCGACAACGACAUGGAAGGGGAGAUUCCGGCGACUCUGGGCUUCCGCUUCAAAGAUCCUUCUCUGUUCGCUGGCAACCCUGGCCUCUGCGGCAGGCCUCUGGCGGCGACCUGCGCCACCGGCAGCGACGGCAGCGAGAAGAGGAGGCGGAGGAGGCGAGCGAGGCAGAUCCUGUUCAUCUGCGUCGCCGGAGCGGCCGCCGUCGUCGUGGUGGCGGUGCUCUGCUGCUGCGGCGUUUUGAUCCUGGUGCGGCGGCGGAGGCGGCUCCUGGACGCCCGAGCCGGGGUGAAGAAGCGGAGUCCGCGGCGGCGGAGCGGCAGCGCGAGCAGCGGCGAAGGCGGCGGGCCGAAGCUGGUGAUGUUCACCAGCAGGGUCACCUACGCCGACACCGUCGAGGCGACGAAGCAGUUCGACGAGGAGAACGUGCUCAGUAGGGGCAAGCACGGGGUCGUCUUCAAGGCUUGUUAUGUCGACGGGAUCGUGCUCUCCGUCCUCCGACUGCCCUCCGCCUCCGCCGACGGCGGCGGCGCCGUCGUUGUGGAGGAGGGGACGUUCCGGAAGGAGGCAGAGGUGCUGAGCAAGAUCAGGCACCGGAACCUCACCGUCCUGCGGGGGUACUACGCAGGCCCUCCGCCGGACGUGCGACUGCUGGUGUACGACUACAUGCCGAACGGCGACCUGGGGACGCUGCUGCAGGAGGCCUCCCGUCAGGACGGGCAGGUCCUCAACUGGCCGAUGCGCCACCUGAUCGCCGUCGGCGCCGCCCGGGGGCUCGCCUUCCUGCACGCCAGCGCCGUCGUCCACGGCGACGUAAAGCCGCAGAGCGUCCUCUUCGAUGCCGACUUCGAGCCCCACCUCUCGGACUUUGGCCUCGACCGGAUGAUGGUGGUGGCGGUGACGCCGGCCGCAGCGGCGGCGGGGACCUCCACCUCGGCGGCGCCGCCGGUGGGGUCGCUGGGGUACGUGGCCCCCGAGGCGGCGGCGUCGGGGCGGACCAGCCGGGAGGCGGACGUGUACAGCCUGGGGAUCGUGCUGCUGGAGUUGCUCACGGGGAGGAGGGCGGUGAUGUUCUCGUCGUCGGAGGAGGAAGAGGAUAUUGUGAAGUGGGUGAAGAGUAAGUUGCAGAGGGGGGAGAUAUCGGAGAUGAUGGAGCCGGGGUUACUGGAGCUGGACCCGGAGUCGUCGGAGUGGGAGGAGUUCCUGCUGGGGGUGAAGGUCGGCCUCCUCUGCACGGCGCCGGACCCGAUGGACCGGCCGUCCAUGGCGGAGGUCGUCUUCAUGCUCGAGGGCUGCCGGGUGAGCGCCGACGUCGCCUCCUCCGCCGAUCCCACGGCCCGCCUGUCGCCGCCGUGA